AUUAACAUUUUCUAUAACACUGCAGUUUAAACCCUGUAUCUAUAUCAACACUAAUUCCAGAUUACACAGUCUAUCUUUUAAAGGGAUUAUGUUAAAGCACCCACAUGACCUAAUUAAGGUGUUUCAGCAGAGUUCAAAUAUAUGCCCACCUCAUUGUUUUCUAUUUCUAAAUUAACAGAUUAAAAUCAUUUUUUAAAGAACAUUUUUAUCAAAGAUCUUUGUGAACAGAAUGCUCUGCACUUAAAGCAAUGUUUUGGAGAUUCUGGAGGCUGCUAGAUCUUGAUCAAAUCAGAUUACCAGAGAUUAUGCAGAUUACUUUAAAAAACAGCAAGCUGCUAUUGUUGAAGUGGCUUUAGGAAGGUGGUAGACGAGGCUGUUGGAGAGGAAGUUGUGACUUCAGGGACUUCAGGCUUCCGAGCACUUAACCAAAAAAAAUGCCGGUCAUCAAUAUAGAGGAACUUACAGACAAGGAUAAAAUGAAAAUGGAAGUUGAACAACUUAAGAAAGAAGUAAAGCUGGAGAGGCAGCUGGUUUCCAAAAUGUGUGAAGAAAUCAAGACUUAUAUUGAGGGAAAUUCUGGAGAGGAUCCUCUUGUUAAGGGUAUUCCUGAAGAUAAGAACCCCUUUAAAGAAAAGGGAGGCUGUGUCAUUGCAUAGGAUCUUCUAGAACUGUCAUUUUCUGUUCUAAAAUACACUUUAGUUCUCUUGGCAUGAAGACAGCCUAUUGUUGCAUUGCAUGGAAACUGAAUGCAGGACUUUAACUAAAGCUCUUGACAACUAUUACUCUGCUUACUAAAACAACCACAGUCCUUGGGGAUGGGAUAUCCUGGAUCAGAAAGUCAAUAAAAUAAAUCCUUCCUUUUCAUAGUUCUCAGAUGUAAAAUGAUGCUUUUGCCGGUUGUAUUAGUUUGUUUUAAUAAAAUAUUUGUCUGUAAAACAAAAGAAAAACAUUUAUUUUAGCAUAAAAAAACAUUUUGUGUUAUGAUUUGCUAUACAAUUAAAUCAAUAAUGUUCCAGGCAUCCA